CACAAAAAAUAUUUUUUUUAAUAUCCCGCAACGAAGAAGAUAAAACUCCCAUCAGCUCUCUGUUCAAAACCCACCAAAAGCCCAGAAAAAAAAAUAUAAUUCAAACUUUUUUCUUUGUUUUUUAUUUUUAUUUUUUAAAUCUUGGUCGGAGAUUUUUAUUGGAUGGGAACUCUCACGAGCUGUAGUUUUAGCGCGGUGAAUUUCCGGUUCCAUUCCAGUUCAAUUUUCCGCGAAAGAGUUGGCGUACGAGUCUUCGAGUCGAGGAAAUUGAAGAGGAAUUUGUGUUUUGUAUGGAGUAGAAUAGUUUCCAAGGAAGUUUCACGGGAAAAGUUUUUCAAAAUUAGGUGUUUUGGGGGCGGUAACGAUAAUCACGGUGAUUACACCAAUAAUGAUGGAGACAUUAAGGAGAAUAAUAAUAAUAAUAAUAAUAAUAAUAAUAAUAAUAAUAAUUCUUCAUCCACAGAAUCCACCAUCACGACGGCGUCUCCGCCCGAAGAGAAGGCAGUGAAGGAGAAAAGCACCGGCAAUGACCUGCCUCCGUCUGUUUCCUCAAGGCCACCAAACAUAGCUCCUCUUGGAUCAGUCUACAGUGAUUUCCAAAUUGAUUCUUUUAAAUUGAUGGAGCUUCUUGGACCUGAGAAAGUUGAUCCUACUGAUGUAAAGCUAAUUAAGGACAAGCUUUUUGGCUAUUCCACAUUUUGGGUGACUAAAGAAGAGCCAUUUGGAGACCUUGGUGAGGGCAUCCUUUUUCUAGGAAAUUUAAGAGGGAAGAGAGAAGAUGUUUUUACCAAACUCCAUACUCGACUGGCUGAGAUCAUGGGUGAUAAAUACAAUCUUUUCAUGGUUGAGGAGCCUAAUUCAGAAGCACCUGACCCGCGUGGUGGGCCACGUGUUAGCUUUGGUUUGCUGAGGAAAGAGGUCUCAGAACCUGGACCAACUACACUUUGGCAAUAUGUGAUAGCUCUUUUGCUGUUCCUCUUGACUAUAGGUUCCAGCGUGGAGUUAGGUAUUGCAUCUCAGAUAAACCGACUUUCUCCAGAGAUUGUGAAAUACUUUACAGAUCCAAAUGCUGUUGAACCACCAGAUAUGGAACUGCUAUACCCAUUUGUGGAGUCAGCAUUGCCUCUAGCGUAUGGUGUUUUAGGGGUGCUUAUAUUUCAUGAAGUUGGGCACUUUCUUGCUGCUUUUCCAAAGAAAGUAAAACUAAGCAUUCCUUUCUUCAUUCCAAACAUUACCCUUGGAAGCUUUGGAGCUAUUACUCAGUUCAAAUCUAUUCUUCCUGAUCGGAGUACAAAAGUUGACAUUUCCCUUGCUGGCCCAUUUGCUGGUUCUGCAUUGUCUUUUUCAAUGUUUGCUGUUGGUCUGUUGCUUUCAUCAAACCCGGAUGCAACUGGGGACUUUGUGCAGGUUCCUAGCAUGCUGUUUCAGGGUUCAUUGCUCCUUGGACUCAUCAGUAGAGCAACUCUCGGUUAUGCGGCAAUCCAUGCUGCAACAGUGUCAAUUCAUCCUCUUGUGAUUGCAGGAUGGUGUGGCUUAACCACAACAGCUUUUAAUAUGCUUCCUGUGGGGUGUCUUGAUGGUGGAAGGGCUGUGCAGGGUGCUUUUGGAAAGGGUGCGCUGGUUGGGUUUGGUCUGACAACUUACACAUUGCUUGGAUUAGGAGUGAUUGGAGGACCUUUAUCACUUCCCUGGGGGCUGUAUGUGCUGAUAUGUCAGAGGACUCCAGAAAAACCCUGCUUAAACGAUGUAACUGACGUCGGAACAUGGAGGAAAACAGCCGUUACAGUAGCUAUUUUUCUUGUUGUGUUGAUGCUGCUUCCUGUAUGGGAUGAGCUUGCUGAAGAGCUAGGUAUAGGCCUUGUAAGCACAUUUUAAUACGUAUAAAUAUGUAGGUUAUGAAGAAAGAAAUUAGAGUGAAGCCAAUUUUGAUAUAAAGCCAAAUAAAACUCAAAUAAUAGCCAAAGCAAUUCUUGUUCAAUUUAUAUAUGUUGUUGUAAAUCGUUCUCCUCUUUCCCUUAGUUCGUAAUUUUUGGUUCCAGAUUCAUUGGAAUAUAAAACCUUUUAAUUUGUUGUAACUUCCUCCAAGAAAUUAGUCCAAUAAG